GCCGCGGCAGACGACCCCCGCCCCCGCCCCCUCCUCCUCCUGCAGGGGGACGACGACCAGCCAAGGAUGGAGGACGACCUGGAGUACUUCAUUACCUUCCCCACGCCCAUGCCCAAGGAGACCCAACGGCGGCCUCCCAGCGGGGAGGAGGAUGAAGAUGAGGACUUUGUAUUUGUGAAUGGUGCCAAUGGGGACAAGGAACCUGUGGUGUUCCUGCUUGGAUGGCUCGGGGCCCAGGACCGUCACCUUGCCAAGUACUGCACCAUCUACAACCAGCGAGGGUGCAUCACCAUUCGCUACACAUCCCCAUCUUCAUAUGUGUUCAUCAGACCAACUGUGAAGCUGAUGCCCAUCGCCCGUAAGCUGCUAUCUCUGUUGCGAGAUAUGAGUCUGGAUGAUCACCCAGUUUUCUUCCACAUGUUCAGCAACAACGGCUCUGUUCUCUACUACUACCUAACCCAGGCUAUGACAGAAUCCACUGCCCCAAAGAUCACAGUAAAGGGAUGCAUUUUUGACAGUACACCAGCCCCAAGGAGGCUUUUCUCAGCUGCCCGAGCUGUGUAUGAAGUGACACCUGGGUCAGUAUGGAUGAAGCUGUGUGUGUCGCUGGGCAUGAUGCUGUAUUUGAUAGGGUGGAAGGUGCUGUCCAUUUCCUGGACCAUCAUCUCUGGCAAGUUGCCCAUCAACCCUCCAUGGUCACUGUUGGAGGAUCCUGCUCGCUGCCCACAACUCUUCUUGUACUCAAGAGCUGACAAACUGAUCAGUUUCCAGGAUGUGGAGCUCUUUAUGGGUGAACGCCAGCGACUGGGAGUCCCUGUAUUGGGCAAGUGCUGGCAAGAUUCAGCACAUGUCCAGCAUUAUAGACUAUAUCCAGAGGAAUACAGGGAGAUGGUGUACUCUUUCUUAAGUCAGUGUUUCAGUCCAGGAGGAGUAACAAGCCAGCCUCUGCCUGCUGCUGCUGACAAUGCUGAGGGUGAGAGCAAGACCAAGAGUGACUAAGAUCUUAGAUAAUGUGUCACCACUGAAGUACUUUGUCAAAACUUGAUUAAUUCUAAUUUGUUUUCAAUUUCUAAGUUUUCAAACAUUUUAAAGAAAGUGAAACCACAUUAGUGAUUUUACAGUAAACCUCAUUGGUUGAAAACCAAAAUUAUGUUAUGUAGUAUUUUGUGUUGUUUGAGACACCAUGUUAUUACUGUAUAUAAAUUUCACAAACAAGCACUGCAAAAACUGUGUGCUUUAAAGUCACUGGAAAUGUUACUAGUAGUUACUUAAAAAUAUUAAGAAAUAUUUGCACUGUUUUUAUUUACUUAAAAUAGCAACUGAUAAUUCUGCAAGUUGUCUAGCUUCAACAGGUUUCAAUAGUGAUGAUGUAAUGAGAGGUUAUAUUAUUGUUUUAGCAUUAUAGAACCUCCUGAACGGUUUCUGUAUAGUGAGUAGAAAAUAGUUGAUGACAUUUAUUUAUAUGUUAUUAUGCAUUGUUAUUGUAACAAACCAAGAUCAUUUGAGCUUUUAUGAUACACAUUUAUAUUUAUUUAUAUUUAUUAUUUAUUAUAUUAUAUUUAUUAUAUUAUAUUAUUUAUAUUCAGUUUAGAAUUUUUUCUUUCAUAGUGAGAAAACUCACUUAUACCAAAUGUAGAUAUAUGUUGCUUAAUCUGUAGAAUCCAAAUUUGAUAUCUUACUACAAGUAAAUCAUACUAUCAGCAAUUAUACCUAUUUUCAUAGAUCACUUAUUAGAGUGCCCUGCUGAUAUGGCUGUUGAACAUAAUUAAGGCACACUGAUGUAGGAGUAUUAUAUAAUUUUUUUUAGCUCAACUACUUCUUGUGGGUGUACGUUACUGGGAUAUUUUCCUCCUUACAAGAGCUAUGAUGCCCUAAAGAGAUAAUUAUAGGGUCUCAUCUUUCAAAAAUUAUUUUUAUCUCUGGAUUUAGUACAUACAAUGAUUUCCUUAUUUAAGAAGCAGCAGAUAUGAAUAUACAUUUUCCAAAGGGUAUGAGGAACUCUCAUACAUAAGCCAUUCACUUCAUGGAGCUACAAAAAACUGUACACAUGAGGUGAGACAAUGAUAAUCUGCAAUACAUUCCAGAGUUUAGCAUAAUAAUCCUAUUCAUGCAAGGAUGCAAGGUUAUUAUAAAAAAACAAUGGGUUAAUCCCAAAUCUCUGAUUCAUCUCUAUGGUUGUAGGACAGUCUAUCACCAGGCAUUUAGUCACAGGACAUAUCAUCACCAGACAACUUGUCAGCAAAUAAUCUAUAACUGAGCAUUUUUGUCACCAAGACAUCUUGUUACUGUUAUUGUAUAAAAUAUCUAGGGGAAAUAGGGAACAUCUUAGUUUUAUCUGUGACCUUAAGUCUGCUCACCACAAGCUGAAUGCUCAUGGGAGGGAAGUUAAUAAAAAUCAGCUAAGCAUUUAUUAUAAUUUCAAAGAUUUGUAAGAAAAUGGCAUGUUUUUUAUAAUAAUUAGACCUUAUGAUUUGUUUUCAGAGAUGGUAGUAAAUGGUUUUGCAUCUGUCAUAAUUGUUGAUCAUGAUAUAUAUGACUGAGGACUUUUUCAAAGAUGAUAUAACUCUAUAAUCCUUUGUAAGCAAACAUUCAAGUUGCAAGAUUCUUUUUUGGUCAAGGGACAUCAUUAUGCUCUUAUUUUGCUUCUUUUAUAGCUGAAGAGACUUCUCUCUUAAAAACUUCAAUAAACUUUCAUAUAUUGGGAUGGUGAUUGGAGACAACACUAAAUGGAUAGUGUAAACCUUGGAUGUUGUUGUUAGUCCUUGACAUGCCAUUUUGAGUUCUCAUAUGUAAGUAUAAUAUUUUAUUUAGAAACUGGAGCAAGUCUGCAUUUGCAAUUUCCUCCGCCUCUCUUUGCACAUAUGUAUGUUACUUUAAAAUAGGAUACACAGUACUGAAGAAAGUCAUCAGCUACCAUACACACACACACUUAGUGUCAGCACCCAUUUUAAUAAAGCCCUGCAAGUUCACCUGUAUAUUCUGGUGACAUUAUACUCCUGUGACAAAAGUGCUUGGCUACAAACUGUACUGUGGCAAGCUGUCAUGGGACAAGGUGUCAGAUGAUAAAUUGUUUCAUGACCCAUCUCUGUGUACUUGAUUCCAGGUCACUGCCAAAUUUCUGAUUUCAAUACUCCACUUUUUCUUCUGACUUCGACUCCACUUUAUCACAUGAUAGGCUGUCAUUUUGUCAGCCUAGCAAUUCUGUACUCAGGGCUUGAGUCCUGGUCACUGUAACUGACAUCCAGGUAAUUAGACUGCCUAUAUAUCCAUGAGAGCUGGUCACAUAAAACUGGGACACCAGCUGUGAAGUAAAUGUGAUAACACACAAUGCAACAGUUCUGCAUCUCUGGACUGUUGAUAAAUAACUUACACAAGCUCAAAUGUUAAGUUAUUGGAUAUUAAUGCUGUCACAAAGACCAACAUGGUGCAGGCUCUAAGCUUUGACAUAUCAACUUUUUUGUUUGACUAUGUAUCACUCAGUCAGAGUAGCAUAGAUCACAAAAUAUUACCUGUAUAUUUUCGAUAUUUGGUGGGUACACACAAGGAAGUUUUGGGGGUCUGUCCGUCCGUUACUUUGUCACUUGACAGGCUAAAUCUAAUGUGAUCUCUUUGUUUAUUUAAGUAAGACUGAAUUCUGAUGGUGGGGAAAUCUUAUGGGGAAUACAUUUAUGAAAAUGCUUGCUUGAGGUCCCUUCUGUUUGUAUAAAGUGAAUAUUUUGCAAACAAUAAAUGGUAUAUUUUUCAC